AUAGUCAAUAGAGUCAUAGAUAGAAAAAAGGUAAAAAAUAUCAAAUAAGGCAGUGAUGAACCACCAGGUGUGUUUAGUGUUGAAAUUUCGAGUCCGCGCGCACUGGUGUCUGGGAAUUAAGUGGGGAGUGGGCACUGCUUGCUAGUAGGCCAGACUUCCCACCACCUGUUGCCAUAAAUGUGUGAAACCCACUUUCUCAUUUCUCUUCCCCACAUCUCAAGGAACUACUGUUUCUUUUAUCUCUGUCUCUCGCUUUCUGUGUGUAUUGUAGUGGUAUUUGUUAAAACAGAACAUCAGUGUGCUUGAGGGGGGAAUUGGGGUACGCCUUUUUGUUUCUUUGCACUGUUUAUACAAUCUUGUCUGGUACAAGGUUUGCUGGGCAUUUGGGAUUUGGGGUCGUGGGGUUUGUUUUGUUGGCAGUGUUCUUAGCUUUUUUAUGACAAAAUGGGAACCGAGGACCAGAAGCCUGUAGCUGAGGAAGGCCAUGCCGUUGGUUCAUGUGAAGCAACAAUUGUUGUCCCAGUUCACAAGGCUGAAGACUCAAUGGGAAUAACUGAAGAAACCCCACAUGUUCAUCACUGGAAGCGGCGAAAUCUCUUCCUAGAGAUUCCCUCCAGAACAUCAGGAGAGCCCUCUCAGGAUUUUGUUGGAAUAAAGAUAUCCUCAACACCAACUCCCACUCCCAAGAAAGUUAAUUUUCUGCCAACACCUGGUUAUUCUGAUGAAAGAAUUACUGGGUCUCCAGGGCCCUCCUCAACUAGAGGCAAAUCAUCCAUAAGAAAUCUUUUACCAAAAUUAAGCUUCAUGUAUCGAACUUCCUCAGAUGUUGAGAAGGCCACCAACCUAGCUUCUGAAGCUUCAUCUACAGGGGCACAAGAAAAGCCUUUGAUCUCAAGGUCAUAUUCACUUACAAAAAUUUUCACUCCUAGGGUGAAGAGAACAUCAUCACUACCUGUAACUCCAAUUGCACAUUCAAACCUGGAAGCUGUGCAUAUUGGAAGCGUAGGUGGAGCUGGACCUAUAAAUUCAAGUAGAAAAGGAGUACGAGUGCAGAUAGCUCGCUCUCUUUCAGUCCCUAUAAACAACAAAGAGAGAAGCAUUAGGAGGAUGGAUUCAUUUUUCCGUGUAAUUCCUUCUACACCUCGAGUGAAGGAUGGAGAUGCAAUUUCAAAUGCUUCCCCCACCAAGGAUGCUGAUAACAAUGAUGACGAUGGUGAAGACAUAGCUGAAGAAGAGGCUGUCUGUAGAAUUUGUCUGGUUGAACUGUGUGAAGGAGGUGAGACUCUCAAGAUGGAGUGCAGCUGCAAAGGUGAACUUGCUCUCGCCCACCAAGAAUGUGCUGUAAAAUGGUUCAGCAUCAAGGGUAACAAGACCUGUGAUGUGUGCAAGCAAGAUGUUCAGAAUUUACCUGUCACUCUUUUACGUAUUCAAAGUAUGCGAACUCGAAAUACUGGAGCAAGUAGAACACUAGAAGAUGCUACUGGAAACAGGGUUUGGCAGGAGGUACCAGUACUUGUCAUUAUCAGCAUGCUGGCCUACUUUUGUUUCCUUGAGCAGCUCCUGGUUGGGAAUAUGGGUACUGGUGCGAUCGCUAUAUCACUUCCAUUUUCCUGUGUACUGGGUCUACUCUCAUCCAUGACCUCAUCAACCAUGGUGAAGAGAAGAUUUGUCUGGGUCUAUGCAUCGGUUCAGUUUGCUCUGGUGGUUCUCUUUGCACAUAUAUUUUACUCUCUGGUAUCUUUGCAAGCAGUCUUGUCGAUUUUGCUGGCAACAUUUGCUGGUUUUGGUGUCGCAAUGAGUGGGAGUUCCAUCCUUGUCGAGUUUUUUAGAUUGCGAAGAAGAUGGCAGGCCCAGUUAGAGCAGCGUAAUGGUUCACAAGUGAUGACUCGACCAGGCCAAUUCCCUAGAUCGUUAAACUCACCACGGAUAGUCCCCCCUGAACGCCGCCACCAAACUGAAGUUCAAAAUCCAGAAACGUUUAGUGGGGUUUGAAAUAAUAUCUCAUUGGGGGUUAAUAUUACAUGGCUUAGCUAGCUGUAAUGGUUCCAGCUGAUUUUGUUAUUCCUGAGUUGAGGCACCUGAUGACUUGUAAUGUAUCAUCACAAAUGGGAUCUCACACGUAUCUUUAUCAGCUUAAGUUAUAACACGAAGACGUGUUUGUACAGGCUUCUGAUGGUAGUAAUAGAAUGAAUCCCAUAUGUAUUUUGCUGCUGCAGUUUAUUUGGGUACUCACAACAUGCCUGUCUCUUAGGUAGGUGGGAUUCAUGUGUUAUGAGUGGGAUGAUGCAUGCAUCCAAAAUAUUAGGUACUUUUUCCAUAUUAUUGAAGAUUUUGUAUUCAAUGUGUUAUAGCACUAUCACAGAUUUUCAGCGAAGGAAUUAUAGCAUGUUCUUUAUCCCGAA